AUGGCCGACUCAAUGACAGAUGCGGAGAAAAUCCGUAACAAACGUCUGGCAAAGUUGGGUUCCCAGGCUCCCGCACAGCCAAAUCCAGCUGGGGAAGGUAGCAUGGAUAAUACAUCAGCGUCACAAUCCUCGCCCACUCCCAAUGCACAAGCAGCAGCCCCGCAAGAGAGAGAACAGCCAAAGCCCCAGAUCAACAUAUCGAGCUCGUCGAAUGCCUCCACAUCACCCCAAAACCCAUUCGCUCAACUCGGCAUGCGACAAGCAAACGGCGGAGCUCCUAAGAUCAACAUCACAUCCUCAGCUGGCAGACCAGUAACGCCCAAGAAGCGUGACCGACCAGCCUCUUCAGGCGGCAGAUCGAGCUCAAGGGCAGGGGAGACCUUGGAGCAGUGGGAGGAUCGAGUACUGGGGAACCUAUUUAAAAUUACGUUAUGGGAGGAGCACCAACGCGACGCCCACGGAAACCAUCUGCAAUUCCUAGAAGGUACCCGUCUGGAUCUGGAGGACUCUGGUCAAUCGGUCAGACUGAAUGUGGGAAUGUUGGACCAAGCUCUCCUUGAGGCGACAUCGAACCUGAAGCACGGAGUUACGCCUCUGGACUUCUUACUGGGAUGUUGGAAGCGAGUUUCCAGACAGUACAAGGCUUUAAGGAAAGCUGGAGAGGAAGAUCCUAAGUUCGUAAUAGUAAAGGAGGCCAGAAGAUUGUGUAUGAGCUACUGCAUAUUUGCAAUUACCAUGCCUGAUAUGUUUGGCCUUGAGACAUCGGCAUCCAAUCCCCUCACACCACAUUUCUUGAUAGAUGAUCCGGAAGACGACAGAUCUGUUGACCAUGACUUUCUUAAUGAGGCUGUCGCUCGUUUUGCGGAAGAUGAUACAGUUCAAGACGCACUGGUCGGUGCGGUUGAAGACUUAAGUCGGCGAUUAUCGGUCAUAAAUAUGAACAAUGACUACAAACCAUACAUAUUGGCAUUACGAAAUCUUGUCCAAUACCCGGCAAUAGUCAACGCUUUUGUUCAGUCGCCGAGGUUCGUUCCGUCUAUCUCAGCCGCAUUACUGGAGUCUGGCACGCUGCUCGGUCCUUUCUUUGCCAUCUCACCUUUGCAAGCAGACGUCACUACUAAUUACUUCUCAAAUCCUACAUCUCGAGAUAAAGCAUACAUUCUCAACUCUCAAAGAGCCUUGCGACUCACGAGUCAGACCCACCAGACCGACCUCCUGGAUAUCGCUAAUCGAAUUAUCAAAACAAGCAAGGAAGCUAGAGAUAAGAUGCUUGACUGGUUUGCUUUGUGUGUCAAUGCCAACCAUAAGCGCCGUGCACUACAAGUAGACAAGAAGUUAGUCUCCUCGGACGGUUUCAUGAUCAAUGUUACUGUGUGCCUAGAUCAGCUAUGCGAGCCCUUCAUGGAUGCCUCGUUUUCCAAAAUCGACCGCAUAGACGUCGAUUAUCUACGCCGCUCACCACGGGUUGACAUCCAAGACGAAACAAAGCUGAAUGCCGACCAGAAUGCUUCUGAUAAAUUCUACAGCAGUCCUGCUGAGGGAAUUUCGAACUUUAUAUCAGAGAUAUUCUUUCUAACACUUGCUGCACAUCACUAUGGAACAGAGUCUGCCAAUUCAAUGCUAAGCACACUUGAGAAGGAGCUUAAACGUAUGAGAGCGCAUCUUAAGGAGAUCGAGCUCGAUCGGCAUAAAUUCGUUAGCAACCCAGUCAGGUUGAACAUAUUCGAGAAUGCCAUCAAGAAGUACAAGGAUCAGAUCGACAAGGGCAUGUCUUACAAGCUCUCCGUGGAAGGUGUCUUGCUUGACGAUCUGACACAAGCACGAUCCAUGCAAUUCAUGCGAUAUGUCAUCGUGUGGCUACUACGAAUUGUGGCUCCAGGUCAAGAUCUCCCAAAACGCCCACUGAAGCUGCCUUUGCCCAAGGAACAGCCAGAGGUUUUCAAGUGCUUACCCGAAUACUUUCUGGAGGACGUUGUGGGUAACUUCAAGUUCAUCAUGCGGAAUAUGCCUCAAAUCAUUACGUCCACGCAGAGUGAUGAGCUGGUCAUGCUCUGCAUCACGUUCCUCCGAAGCUCAGAGUACAUCAAGAAUCCGUAUCUCAAGUCUGGCUUGGUUACCAUCAUGUUCCAUGGCAUCCGGCCAGUCUACAACCGGUCCAAAGGAAUACUAGGAGACCUACUAAAUUCUUUACCUUUCGCUACUGAGCACUUACUACACGCGUUGAUGAAAUUCUAUAUCGAGGUGGAGAACACAGGCGCGCACACCCAAUUCUACGACAAAUUCAAUAUACGCUACGAAAUCUUCCAGAUCAUCAAGUGCAUUUGGUCGAACCCUAUCUAUCGCGAACAUCUCUCCGACGAAGCCAAAAUCAAUCUCGACUUCUUCGUCCGCUUUGUCAAUCUCCUUCUCAAUGACGUUACUUUCGUCCUGGAUGAAUCGCUGACAGCUUUUGUACAAAUACAUAAUCUGCAACAAGAACUCAAACGUUCAGCCGACAUGGAGCAAAACGUCCGUUCGGAGAAAGAAGAGGCGCUUUCACAAGCCCAAGGGAAAGCGAAGUCCUAUAUGCAACUCACCAACGAGACGGUAGCCAUGCUGAAGCUCUUCACUGAAGCUUUAGCAGGCUCGUUCACGAUGCCCGAGAUUGUACAACGAUUGGCAGACAUGCUAGACUAUAAUCUUGAUGUGAUGGUAGGCCCGAAGAGCAGAGACUUGGUCGUCGAGAACCCACAAGAAUAUAGCUUCGAACCAAAACUAUUACUCUCCGAGAUUGCAGACGUCUACUUGAACCUCAAAGACAAAGAGAAUUUUGUCUAUGCUGUGGCAAGGGACGGGCGAUCAUACAAGCCUGCCAAUCUGGAUCAAGCAGCUAGAGUCCUUGCAAAGUUUGCUCUGAAAUCACAGGAGGAACUGGCGGCGUGGAGAUCUCUAGGGGAGAAAUUUAAGAGGGCGAAGGAGGCGGACGACCAAGCUGAAGAGGAUCUGGGCGAAGUUCCUGAUGAAUUCCUGGAUCCCUUAAUGUUCACAUUGAUGCAAGAUCCAGUCAUUCUACCUACAUCAAAAACGUCCAUUGACCGAUCCACCAUUCGGUCUCACCUCCUCAGCGAUCCUAACGAUCCGUUCAAUCGCGCGCCUCUUAUGAUUGAGGAUGUUGUUGCUGACACGGAUCUCUAUGACCGCAUCCAAGCGUUCAAGGCGGAGAGAAAGGGAAGCAAGCUUGCUAAUACCAAUGUCAUGGAUGAGACGCUAGGCUAG